UUGCAUUCAUAUCGAAUAAACCGCGGUCACUCGGUGAUACGCCGCCGCGGCAAGCAGUGUUCCUAAUUUGAAUAGCGCGCCGGUUUUGACGUUUUAUUUUUAUUUAUUUUUUUUGUGUCAGUGUUACGAGUUGCAAAAAUGUUGCGUGUUCUUAUCCUUACAAUAACACUAACGUGUGCAUACGCCCAGAACUAUUACAAUGCAGCAUCAGAAGCGCAACAGAGAUUCGCGAUCCAAAACAGAUACGACGACACCGGCCCCGGGGCCAAAGGGCCAGAAUACGCAUACAACACGUACAGGAGCCUCGAGGAAGCCCUCGUCUCUUACAUAGAUGACCCCGACACGAAGCUACCCGAGCACGAACGAGCUAAAGUAGCCCGCUACGUCAGUACAGACUUCAACCAACCAAUCAGGGAAUAUCCGAAGUCGGUAGAAGAAUACACUGGCCAAACCAAGCCGUCGAACAGCCGUCCCCUUCCACGGCGCCCACAACCCAUCCCGUCGUUCUACCAGCAGCCAAGUUAUCAACCAAUCGAUCAAGCUAUAGCAUACCAGGCAUUUUACCGACCGGAAAAGCAGGUCUUCCAUGAUCCGAGUCCGAAAUACUCGUUCUUGGACUUCCGAGGUUCAGACUUGAGGCAAAGCUUGCAGGGCGAGAAGGUGGACUUCAAAGUGCCCAAGAUACAGCCUGUGAGGAGCAGCCCAUUGAGCUUGGCGCAUUUCACGAGGGCGGACGCUGAGGAACAAUUCGAUAUCCAUCACGAUCCGCAUCCGCAGUAUACAUUUUCGUAUGGAGUUAACGACAAAAGAACCGGCGACUCAAAAUCGGCGCAUGAGACGCGCGACGGCGGGUCCGUAAAGGGCUACUACACGUUCGUGGACCCGGAUGGCAAGCAGCGCACAGUGCACUAUACUGCUGACGACAAACUCGGCUUUCGGGCCACCGUACAACGCACACAAAUGAACGCCCAAUAGUUAAUAUUGUAAAGUUUUAGGGACUAUUUCAUAUGUGUAUACGGAGCAAGUGUGUGUAUGUUGUUUUACGAAAAGUUUUCUAUAUAAUACCCUAUGUGGUGUUCUUAUUGGUAGUGGUAGUUUUUGUAGUUCUAACAAUAAUUAUGACCGGAGAGCUGUAUCCUUUUCCUCACACUGCAGUUUAUUUGCGUUAUUCCCGCCAAUACUUUCCUUAUCCUUUACCCCUUAAAAGCGGGCUCCGCAUUUGCAGCGGCCCUACCUCUGCUAAUAUUCAUGGGCGGUGGUGAGUUGCCCGAUGGCUGAUGCACGAUGAUACACGACGUUAAUUUUGAAUGUCAGAAAGUCUUAAAAAGGAAGAAAAAAGAAAUGGAAUUUUAAAUCAAAUGCAUAACAUUUGUCACCCCUAAAGUAUAAUGGCUAAAUUUAUAUUUAAAGAACACACAUGUUUACAUCCAAAUCAUAGCAUCUUUUUCUAUAAGUGUAUAAUUUAAAUAAUUGAUUUCUAACACGAUUUUUAGCAGAAUACACUUUGUACUGACAAUGUGAAAUAGGCUCUAAGUAUUUAGAUAAGCUAGGAGAAUAUAGGUUUUAAGUUUUCUCAACUAUCUGGUAACUAAGUAAAAUAUGCAUGCAUAAUUUAAAUCCAAACGUCACUUACCAAAAAA